AUGCAGACCAGCUGGGCCAGCCGUUCUGAUCAGCUUUUUGGUCUUAUCCUCGUAGGGCUUCCUCUCACGCAAUUGGCUGCUGUACCUGGUUGUGCCAUCUACCAGUCGCCGAAGCUGACGCUCUUCGCUCGAACAAGUUCUCUUAUUUCCGCGCUCCAGUCCAGACGGUCGCACGGUCGAGGGUCAAGUAUAUCCCUUCCGACUGUUGCUCUCCCUUACGCCGUCGCUCUCCCUUCCGCCCGUCGCCCUUCUUUCCCCCUCGUCGCCCUGCCUUCCGUCCGUCGCCCACCCUUGUUCCCGUCGCCCUCCCUUCCCGUCGCCCUCCCUUCCCGUCGCCCUCCCUUCCCGUCGCCCGCGCUUCUUCCCGUCGCCCUCCCUUCCCGUCGCCUUCCCUUCCCGUCGCCCGCGCUUCUUCCCGUCGCCCUCCCUUCCCGUCGCCCUCCCUUCCCGUCGCCCUCCCUUCCCGUCGCCCUCGCUUUCCCCGUCGCCCUGCCAUCCACUCCCCGUCGCCCUCGCCUUCCCUCCCGUCUCCCUUCCCAUCUCGCACACUUGUCACCCUCCCUUUUCUCUCCCUACUCCCUCUUUUCCCUCCCUCCAAUAAUCGCCUUCCUUCCCCCAACUUAUACCCCUUCCCUGCUUCCCCCCAUCCCCUGCCCUGCUUCCCCCCAUCCUCUUCAUUCUUUCCCCGUAUCCCCAGCCCUGCUUCCCCCCAUCCCCUUCCCUGCUUCCCCCCAUCUCCUUCCCUUCUUCCCCCCAUCUCCGUCCCUGCUUCCCCCCAUCCCCCUCCCUGCUUCCCCCCAUACCCCUUCCCUGCUUCCCCCCAUCCCCUUCCCUGCUUCCCCCCAUCCCCUUCCCUGCUUCCCCCCAUCCGCUUCCCUGCUCCCCCCCAUCUCCAUCCCUGCUUCCCCCCAUACCCCUCCCUGCUUCCCCCCAUCCCCUUCCCUGCUCCCCCCCAUCCCCUUCCCUGCUCCCCCCCAUUCCCUUCCCUGCUUCCCUCAUCCCCUGCCCUGCUUCCCCAUGUCCCCUGCCCUGUUUCCCCCAAUCCCCUUCCCUGCUUCCCCCCAUAUCCUUCCCUUCUUCCCCCCAUCUCCGUCCCUGCUUCCCCCCAUCCCCCUCCCUGCUUCCCCCCAUACCCCUCCCUGCUUCCCCCCAUCCCCCUCUCUGCUUCCCCCCAUACCCCUCCCUGCUUCCCCCCAUCCCCUUCCCUGUUCCCCCCCAUCCCCUUCCCUGCUUCCCCCCCAUCCCCCUCCCUGCUUCCCCCCAUCCCGUUCCCUGCUUCCCCCCAUCCCCUUCCUUGCUUCCCCCCAUCCCCCUCCCUGCUUUCCCCCAUCCCCUUCCCUGCUUCCCCAUGUCCCCUUCCCUGCUUCCCCCCAUCCCCUUCCCUGCUUCCCCAUGUCCCCUUCCCUGCUUUCCCCCAUCCCCCUCCCUGCUUCCCCCCAUCCCCUUCCGUGCUUUUCCCCCUCCCGUUUCCAUCGCUUUCCCCCUCCCGUCGCCCUCGCUCUCCCCCUCCCGUCGACCUCGCUUCCCCCCUGCUCACUCGCAUUCCCCCUGCUCACUCUCUUUCCCUCUGCUCACUCUCUUCCCCCUUUCUCACUCUGCCCCCCCUUCCUCACUCUGUUUCCCCCUGCUCACUCUCUCCUCCUCACUCUAUUCCCCCCUGCUCUAUUCCCCCUGUUCUGUUCCCCCCUGCUCUAUUCCCCCCCGCUCUAUUCCCCCCUGCUCUAUUCCCCCCUGCUCUAUUCCCCCCUGCUCUAUUCCCCCCCUGCUCUAUUCCCCCCUGCUAUAUUCCCCCCUGCUCUAUUCCCCCUUGCUCUAUUCCCCCCUGCUAUAUUCCCCCCUGCUCUAUUCCCCCCUGCUCUGUUCCCCCCUGCUAUAUUCCCCCCUGCUCUAUUCCCCCCUGCUCUGUUCCCCCCUGCUCAAUACCCCCCUGCUCUAUUCCCCCCUGCUCUAUUCCCCCCUGCUCAAUACCCCCCUGCUCUGUUCCCCCCUGCUAUAUUCCCCCCUGCUCUAUUCCCCCCUGCUCUGUUCCCCCCUGCUCUAUCCCCCCCUCCUCUAUUCCCCCCUGCUCUAUUCCCCCCUGCUCUAUUUCCCCCUGCUCAAUACCCCCCUGCUCUAUUCCCCCUUGCUCUAUUCCCCCCUGCUCUAUUCCCCCCUGCUCUAUUCCCCCCUGCUCAAUACCCCCCUGCUCUGUUCCCCCCUGCUAUAUUCCCCCCUGCUCUAUUCCCCCCUGCUCUGUUCCCCCCUGCUCAAUACCCCCCUGCUCUAUUCCCCCCUCCUCUAUUCCCCCCUGCUCUAUUCCCCCCCCCCCUGCUCUAUUCCCCCCUCCUCUAUUCCCCCCUGCUCUGUUCCCCCCUGCUCUAUUCCCCCCUCCUCUAUUCCCCCCUGCUCUAUUCCCCCCUGCUCUAUUCCCCCCUGCUCUGUUCCCCCCUGCUCUAUUCCCCCCUCCUCUAUUCCCCCCUGCUCUAUUCCCCCCUGCUCUCUCCCCCCUUGCUCUCUCUCUUCUCACCUCCUCACUCCGUUUCCCCCUUGCUCACCCGGUUUUCCCAUUGCUCAUUCUCUUUCCCCCUGCUCACUCUCUUUCCCCAUUGCUCAUUCUCUUCCCCGCUGCUCAUUCUCUUUCCCCUUGCUCAUUCUGUUUCCCCCUGCUCAUUCUGUUCCCCCCCUGUUCACUCCCUUCCCCCAUGCCCACCCUCUUCCCCCCUGCUCACUCCCUUUCCCCCCUUCUCACUCUCUCCCCCCCUCCUCACUCUCUUUCCCCCCUGCUCAAUGUCUCCCCUGCACUCUGUUUUUUCCUGCUCAUUCUGUACAGGUCCCCAGCACCAGGUGUAUGGAGGGACCCACAAGUCCUGCUUUUUUGCUGCUGUGUAUGCAGACAAGAGUGGGAAAAGACAUAUUAUUGAGUAA